AUGCAUUUCAUCUUUUCAGAUAAAGUGGUGCUUCUGUUUGAUUUCUGGAGUGUCCACAGUCCUGCAGGGAUGGCCCUUUCAGUGUUGGUGGUCCUGCUUCUGGCUGUGUUGUAUGAAGGCAUCAAGGUUGGCAAAGCCAAGCUGCUCCACCAGACACUGGCAAGCCUGCCCACCUCCAGCAGCCAGCAGGCCAUCACAGAGAUGGAAGUGGAUUCUGCUGGUUCAGAUUCACCUCCCGUCAGCAGAAACCACAGGUGGUAUUUGUGUCACUUUGGCCAGUCUCUAAUCCAUAUCACCCAGGUGGUCAUUGGCUACUUCGUCAUGCUGGCUGUAAUGUCCUACAACACCUGGAUUUUUCUUGGUGUGGUCCUGGGCUCUGCUGUGGGUUACUACCUAGCAUACCCACUUCUCCGCAAGGUGUAGCAGGUGAGGGAUGUGCAGGUACUGAAGCUGAGAAGAGCUAGGGCCCCUCUUCCAGACAUUGUACUUCCAGCUGCUUUUUCUUCUGAUGGCAGUUCCUC